ACACACACACACACACACACACACACACACACACACAAACUCACAGACACAGUAAAAGCAUUGAUAAACUAUAACGCCUACCAGAAAAGAAUAAAAGAUCAAAACUGAUAUUUUUUAUUUAUUUAUUCAAAUGAUGUGUAGUUUCUGCAAACACGUAGCCUAAAUGUAGCCCAGCAGUAGCCCACGGUGUGUAAUACAUUGAAUACGAUUUUUUUAAUGAUUAAUACAAAUUGGGAAACCCGUAUUUCCAGCGACAGCACCUGCCUGCCAUGGCGCGCGCGCGCCGUUUGGCGGUGACGUUGGACAACUGAAAACUUGCAUGGCGGGCCGGGCUUGCGCUGCACGCUACAGCUGCUGUCAUCCCCUCGCGGGGGCGGACUCCGGCGCACGCGAUGCUGCUCUGCUUCACACACAGAUUACAGCCUGGACCCGUUGAAGAAGUCCCGUUCUUAUCGAUGCAAACGCGGUCGUUUUGCGAGUAUUUCUUCUCCAAAGGUGGCAAGCAAGGACAGUGAGGCUGGCGAGGUGUAGCCCCCACGCCAAGGUUCCCCCUCAUUUCCCGCGUUUGAAGAUGUUAGGACUGAUAAGUUAUGAGCGGGCUGGCGGGAUAUGUUGACAUUUUGAUUUACCGUUUGUCCAUUGGCUACUAGGAUUCAACAAAAAGUUCCCUCAAUAUGUAGCUGUUCAAAGCCCAGGCACACCUAAUGCGAAGCACGUGAAGCGCUGGCAGGUGUAGGGGGCAGUAGUGAGCAUGGCUGAGCUGGGCAAGGGCGUGGAGGGCAGCCCCAGCCUGCAGAGGAAGAAACCCCCCUGGCUCCAACUGGACAUCCCCACAAUCCAGCUGACCCCUGAUGAUACUCCCACUGUACCCCAGCAGCCUGCAGGGCGGACUCCCCUGGCAGUGCCGCGUAGCGUCAGCAUGCCAGUGGAGAACCAGACGGGGCUCUCUGCCUGGGAGCCGGCCCCCAACCACUACCUCAGCCCCCCCCAGGAGAGACGGCCCUCCAUCACCCAGACCAUCAAGAGUGGGAAGCGGGUCCGCUUCGAGCGGGGCAACACGGUCCCGCCCAAGGGCCAGCGAGGCCCUCGGAGGGUCCCCACCAUCCGCCGCCGCUCCUGCAUCCCCAAAAUACUCUCUCGGAGACGCUCGUCCAUCCCCAAACAGAUCAUCAGGGGAACGGCCGACUGGUUCGGGGUGAGCCAGGAUAGCGACAGCACCCAGCGAUGGAGAAGGAGGAGCCUGCAGCACUGCAGCCAGCUCUACGGGGGUCUGAAGCCCCAGGUGAUGAGGGACAUGGAGCUGCCCAGCCAAGACAACCUGUCCCUGGCCAGCACUGAGACCCCACCCCCUCUGUAUCUCCCCCACCACCACCACCAUCACCAGCACCACCAGCAUCAUCACCACCACCACCACCAGCACCUCCAUCACCACCACCUCCACCCCAAUCACCAACACUGUGGCAUGCCGAGGGUGGUGGACCCUCUGGCAAGGGGCCGUGUGUUCCGCAUGGCAGACGAGGGGCUGACCGUACCCCAGGGCCCCCCCACCCCGGGCACCGGCUCCCUCUGCUCCUUGUCCAGUUCCCGCUCCGCGCUCAACAGGUUGCCACGGCGACGCAAGCGCGAAUCCGUGGCGGUCAUGAGCCUCAAGGCGGCCGCUGCCAUCAUGAAGGGGCGGACUCUGAAGGGAAGCAAGUCUCGGCCGGGUCGCAGGCAUAGUUUCAUGCCCUCUGGUUUCCUGGACGAGGACACGGUGGACUACGGAGACGACCUGGACGUGUCCUUCUAUACCAGGGAGGGACUCCCAGACGAGCUGUCCAGCUAUGCUGACGAGGUCUUCGAGACGCCGUCGGAGGCGGAGAUUUACCAGCAGGAGGAGGAGAGGGAGAUCACAGGAAGUGCCCUGGACAAGAGCGAGCUGGAGAGAAGUCACCUGAUGCUGCCCUUGGAGCGCGGCUGGAGGAAGGUGAAGGACAGCUCCCUGGUGCAGCCCAAGCUGAGUCUGAUCCAGGAGGUGGUGGGCGCCAGCGGGCAGCAGCAGCGCGGCCAGCGCAUCGUGGUGCCCGUGAGGAAGCUGUUUGCGCGGGAGAAGCGGCCCUACGGCCUGGGCAUCGUGGGCCGCCUCACCAACCGCUCGUACCGCAAGCGCAUCGACAGCAACGUCCAGAGGCAGAUAGAGGACAUGGACGACCACAGGCCCUAUUUCACCUACUGGAUCACAUUUGUCCACCUGCUCAUCACCAUCCUGGCGGUGGCGAUCCACGGCAUCGCCCCCGUUGGCUUCUCCCAGCAUGAAACCGUGGACUCGGUCCUCAGAAAUAAAGGAGUUUACGAGAACGUCAAGUUCGUGCAGCAGGAGAAUUUCUGGGUCGGCCCGAGUUCGGAGGCGCUGAUCCACCUGGGAGCCAAGUUCUCCCCGUGCAUGCGUCAGGACAAGGAGGUCCACCAGCUGAUCCAGGAGAAGAGGGCCCGGGAGCGGGGCUCGGGCUGCUGCGUGAGGAACGACCGCUCGGGCUGCCUGCAGACCCCCCAGGACGAGUGCUCGACCACGCUGGCGGUGUGGGUGAAGUGGCCUCAGCACAGCAGCGCCCCCUCCCUGAACGGAACACCACGGCAACACGGAGCAGUCUGCCACCAAGACCCCAGAAUGUGCCUGGAGCCGGCCUCCGUCUCCCCUCACGAGUGGCCUGAUGACAUCACCAAGUGGCCGGUGUGCACACGGUACGACUCUGGGAACCACACCAACCUCGCCCACAUCGAUUGUGCCAUCACAGGCAGGCCCUGUUGCAUCGGCACCAAGGGGCGGUGUGAGAUCACCUCCAGAGAAUACUGCGACUUCAUGAGGGGCUAUUUCCACGAGGAGGCUACUCUCUGCUCACAGGUUGCCUGUAUGGAUGAUGUGUGUGGCCUGCUGCCAUUCCUCAACCCUGACAUCCCUGAUCAGUUCUACCGGCUGUGGCUCUCUCUCUUCCUCCAUGCUGGGAUCCUCCACUGCCUGGUGUCGGUGGUGUUCCAGAUGACGGUGCUGCGGGACCUGGAGAAGCUGACGGGCUGGCUCCGGAUCUCCAUCAUCUACAUCGUCAGCGGCAUCACCGGCAACCUGGCCUCCGCCAUCUUCCUGCCCUACCGGGCCGAGGUGGGCCCAGCAGGCAGUCAGUUUGGUAUCCUGGCCUGUCUGUUUGUGGAGCUGCUGCAGAGCUGGCCGAUCCUCGAGCGGCCGUGGAGGGCCUUUGCCAAGCUGCUGGCCAUCGCUGUGUUCCUCUUCUCCUUCGGCCUCUUGCCCUGGAUUGACAACUUCGCCCACGUCUGCGGCUUCGUCUCCGGAUUCUUCCUGUCCUUCGCCUUCCUGCCCUACAUCAGCUUCGGCCGGUCGGACACCUACCGCAAGCGGGUGCAGAUCUGCGCCUUCCUGCUGGUCUUCGUGGGCCUGUUCUCCGCCUUCGCCGUCCUCUUCUAUGUCUACCCCAUCAAGUGCGACUGGUGCGAGUUCCUCACCUGCAUCCCCAUCACCGACAAGUUCUGUGAGAAGUACGACCUCAACGCCCACCUGCACUGAGAACGGCCCAGUUGUGGCGGGGGGCUAGCCGCCAUUUUCUCCACCGAUUUGUUGGACGUUGAAUUGGAGUAUUCACCCUGCCGUCUGGGGUCAACUGCCUUCGAUACGGAGAAAGAAUGAACACCUGGGAUGACUUGACGGUACUAUAGCGUAACAUAACAGUAUACAUGUAUGGGGGUUCGAACACGCAUGGAUAUGCAAAUGGCUUGACUGAAUACAUGAAAGUAUACAAAUGUCGAUGAACAACCAAUGAAUGAUGUGUGUGAGUGACGGUCACCAAUCACAGCUGAGGGACGUGUAUGACAAUGACUUAAGGGCGCCCUCUGGUGGCAGAUAGAGAAACAUCCCAACCUCUGACCCAUGUUGUCAUCGGGGCUUCAUAUCAACAGGUUAUGAGACUGUACAAUGCCAAACUGUGCCUUUGUUUGAGACACGAACAUGCACAGAAAUAAACAGGGAUGCUACUGUCAGUAAAGCCAAACGGAGGAAGGAACAAGCACAUACACGGCAUGCGUUUGUUAUUGCCCCCACAUGUCAACCACACAAAUAUGCACUUAUUACGACACACAAACACAACACACACGUGAGUGUUCCCUGAUCACACAGUGGUCAAUUAACAUAUUUAGCCUUAGAAUUGUGGUUUUAUCCAGGCUCAAUAAAAUAAUAAGUGAGCUGUAACUGUGAACACAAUAAUGUACGUUGAGUACAACAAUUAUGGUAGGCCUCCAACAUUUCUGUCCAGAGCAAACAUUUCAAGGUAGCUAUUUACAUAAUGCUACACAGACCAAUCACGAUGCCAAACAGAGCCUACAGAGUACAUUUUCACAAGUCGUUUCAGGACUGCAUGAAAACACUUUUAAACACCUAUUGUACUUGUAACGAGAAAAUUAUUUUACAUUUUUUAUGGUUUCUUGUGGAAUGUUGUUGAUGUAUGAACGUGUUUCUGUGUUCUAUAAGAUGCCGUUUUAGCCAUUCUUGGGACUAAAUACAAACGCAAUGGCCGAAAGAAA